CUCGUUGUCUUUCCCGAGCAAAACAUUCAAUCACUAGCUCUGAGCUGAGAAAGAGCACAGCAGAAGCCAUGGAUUGUAUAUACAAGAACCCCAACGAACCCAUCGAAGGAAGAAUCAAAGAUCUCCUUUCUCGAAUGACUUUGAAAGAGAAGAUCGGUCAAAUGACCCAGAUAGAUAGAACCGUCGCCAGUCCCUCUGCCAUCAAAGACUUCUGCAUAGGAAGUGUACUGAGUGGUGGUGGUAGUAUACCAUUCGAGAAAGCCACGUCCGCAGACUGGGCGGAUAUGGUGGAUGGAUUUCAGAAGGGUGCCCUCGAAUCGCGACUUGGGAUUCCGAUUAUUUAUGGGGUUGAUGCUGUGCACGGUAACAGCAAUGUCUUUGGUGCCACUAUAUUUCCUCACAAUGUUGGUCUUGGAGCCACGAGAGAUGAUGAAUUGGUUAGGAGGAUUGGGGCUGCAACAGCUCUUGAAGUGAGGGCCAGCGGUAUUCAAUAUGCUUUCGCUCCUUGUGUUGCUGUUUGCAAGGAUUCUAGAUGGGGAAGAUCUUAUGAAAGCUAUAGUGAAGACCCUGAAGUUGUUAGAAAGAUGACUUCCCUGAUAACAGGCUUACAAGGGCAGCCACCCCAAGGACACCCAAAGGGCUAUCCUUUUGUAGGUGGAAGGAACAAUGUUAUUGCAUGUGCCAAGCAUUUUGUUGGCGAUGGUGGAACUGACAAAGGUAUAAAUGAGGGGAAUACCAUAUCAUCAUAUGAAGAUUUGGAGAGGAUCCAUUUGGCGCCAUAUUUGGACUGUAUUUCUCAGGGUGUUUGCACAGUUAUGGCAUCCUAUUCUAGCUUGAACGGAAGAAAAUUACACGCUGACUAUUUUCUUUUAACAGAAAUAUUAAAACAUAAGCUGGGAUUUAAGGGUUUUUUAAUUUCAGACUGGGAAGCACUUGACAGACUUGCUGAUCCAUAUGGGUCAAACUAUCGUAACUGCAUCUUGUCUACUGUCAAUGCAGGAAUAGAUAUGGUUAUGGUUCCUUUUAGAUACCAAUUUUUCUUGAAUGAGUUGAUGUACCUGGUAGAAUCGGGGGCGAUACCAAUGACCAGGGUAGAUGAUGCUGUUGAACGUAUCCUCAGAGUCAAAUUUGUUGCUGGACUUUUUGAGCAUCCCCUGAGUGAUAGAUCUUUGUUAGAUUUAGUUGGUUGCAAGGCGCAUAGGGAACUAGCACGUGAAGCGGUUCGCAAGUCCUUGGUUCUCUUAAAGAAUGGGAAGGAUCCAAAGAAACCAUUUCUUCCUCUGGAUCGAAAUGCUGAAAGAAUUCUUGUUACUGGAACACAUGCUGAUGAUCUUGGGUACCAAUGUGGAGGAUGGACAAUCACUUGGGCAGGAAGUAGUGGCAGAACUACGAUUGGCACAACCAUCUUGGAUGCUGUUAAAGAAGCUGUGGGAGACAAAACGGAAGUCAUAUAUGAACAAAAUCCAUCACCGGAAACCUUUACUGGUCAAGCUUUUUCAUAUGCCAUCGUGGUGGUGGGUGAAGAGCCAUACGCAGAAACGGGUGGCGACAAUCCAGUGCUGACAAUUCCCUUCAAUGGCCCUGAAUUGGUAAGCUUAGUUGCUGACAAAGUUCCCACGCUGAUGAUUCUGAUCUCCGGAAGGCCAUUGGUUCUGGAACCAUCACUAUUGGAAAAAAUAGAUGCUCUGAUUGCUGCUUGGUUGCCAGGCAGUGAAGGAGUUGGAAUUACAGAUGUGAUAUUUGGAGAUUAUGAGUUUCAGGGAAGACUCCCAAUCACUUGGUUUAAAACAGUUAAUCAGCUGCCAAUGCGGGCUGGGGAUAACUCAUUUGACCCUCUAUUUCCCUUUGGAUUUGGAUUAACAAGCAGUAAGAAAGUGUUUUAG